UGUUUACAUUGUUAGCAGUUCUGCGACCUGCCGAAGCUAACAGCUAACAGCGAACAGGAAUCAGGUGGAUGUUCAGUUUUUCCCGGUCAAGUUUAACUAUAUGUAUGUUUUUAAGGUUAAAUAAAUCUUUUAAGUCAACGUUAAACAGUUUAAAACCGUUGAACCGUUUAUCCGACGUCGCUCCGGUGCUUAACUGUCCGUUAACCGGUCUCUCCCGGGGCAGACUGCCUUCUCUUCCCGGUGCUCAGCGUCUGUUAACCGGUCUCUCCCGGGGCAGACUGCCUUCUCUUCCCGGUGCUCAGCGUCUGUUAACCGGUCUCUCCCGGGGCAGACUGCCUUCUCUUCCCGGUGCUCAGCGUCUGUUAACCGGUCUCUCCCGGGUCAGACUGCCUCCUCUGCCCGGUGCUCAGCGUCUGUUAACCGGUCUCUCCCGGGUCAGACUGCCUCCUCUGCCCGGUGCUCAGCGUCUGUUAACCGGUCUCUCCCGGAGCAGACUGCCUCCUCUGCCCGGUGCUCAGCGUCUGUUAACCGGUCUCUCCCGGGUCAGACUGCCUCCUCUGCCCGGUGCUCAGCGGGAAAUAAGAAGAAGUCUCUCCAGAAACAGAAACGGAGAAAUGCCCAAAAAACAGAAAGCGCAGGUGAAAGGGCAGCCGGCUGCCGGUGGAGCAGCGCAGGAAGGAGCUUCUGGUCCGGUGGCUCGAGACAAAAGCGGAGCGGUCACCAUAACGGUGCACGCCAAGCCCGGCUCCAAACACAGCGCCAUCACAGAGGUUUCUGCGGAGGCCGUGGGAGUCGCCAUCGCGGCGCCUCCGACAGACGGCGAGGCAAACACGGAGCUCGUCCGCUUCCUGGCUCAAGUCCUGGAGCUGAAGAAAAGUCACAUAUCUCUUGACAAGGGCUCCAGGUCCAGAGACAAACUGAUCCGAGUGGACUCUUCUCUCAGUCCGGAGGAGGUGCUGAGGAGGCUCAGACAGGCUGCAGGCUGAAAGGAAGGAAGGAAGGAGGAGGAGAGGAGGUGCUGAGGAGGAUCAGACAGGAAGGAGGGAGGAGGAGAGAAGGUGCUGAGGAGGCUCAGACAGGAAGGAGGGAGGAGAAGAGAAGGUGCUGAGGAGGCUCAGACAUGCUGACAGGAAGGAGGGAGGAGGAGAGGAGGUGUUGAGGAGGCUCAGACAGGCUGACAGGAAGGAGGGAGGAGGAGAGGAGGUGCUGAGGAGGCUCAGACAGGAAGGAGGGAGGAGAAGAAGAGGUGCUGAGGAGGCUCAGACAGGCUGACAGGAUGACAGGAAGGAGGGAGGAGGAGAAGAAGUGUUGAGGAGGCUCAGACAGGCUGACAGGAAGGAGUGAGGAGGAGAGAAGGUGCUGAGGAGGCUCAGACAGGAAGGAGGGAGGAGAAGAGAAGGUGCUGAGGAGGCUCAGACAGGAAGGAGGGAGGAGAUGAGAAGGUGCUGAGGAGGCUCAGACAGGAAGGAGGGAGGAGAAGAGAAGGUGCUGAGGAGGCUCAGACAGGAAGGAAGGAGGGAGGAGGAGAGGAGGUGCUGAGGAGGCUCAGACAGGAAGGAGGGAGGAGAAGAGGAGGUGUUGUCAUUUCUUUUUAUUAGAAUGGAUUUUAUAAAAUUGGUAUUGAAAACAGUAUUAUUUAGGAUCCAGUAUAAUAGUCACGGUAUUGGUACCGGUAUGGAAACGUUUGAAUUAGGGAGGCACUGAAUCCAGAUUUUUGGGUUUUCGGCUGAAUCCUGAACCCCCUGGUUGAGAUGGUGCUGACUCCUCCUCCCAUCCUCAGUCCAUGAACCCAGUAAACACAUGAAUGAAGUAAACAGGGACUGUCCUUCCUUUUCCGUACCUGAAGUUGCUGCAUUCUGGCUGCUGUCUGGAGAUUCCUUCAUGCACAACUCGUAUUCUUUCAGAUGUUUCAGACCAGAUGUUGUAACAGCUGUGUAUAGUUGUGUAUAGUUGUGUAUAGUUGUGUAUAGUUUAGGAUCCUCGCCACCUCCUGACCAAUCAGCACAAAGCGAGAGAAACCACUGGGAUUGACUGGAGCUUUAGGAGAGAAUGGAUGAGUUAUGUAUGUAAUGACUUGAAUGAUGCAUUGGCUUUCAAUAAACUGAUUGUGAAUCUGUUUGA